AUGAAAACGGAUUCCGUCGCAAGCGAGCCGGAGCGGGGCCUCACGGAAAACCACGCCCAUACGUACGUGUCAUCGGGGAGCGCGUGCGUGGAUUUCCUCUUCCACGUGCUUCCGCAGACCGAGCGCAACGGUGCGCACCGGCGGCUCGAGGCCGCGUGGGCGGAGGACCCAGCCACGGCGCUGCGGCUGGUGAUGCAGCUGCGCGCGGUGCGCGGCACGGGAAAGAGCGACCGCUCCAGCUUCUUCCACUGCGUCACGUGGCUUUAUCAACACCACCCGCGGACGCUUCUGGAGAAUCUCUGGCUGGUUCCCGAGUUCGGAUGCUUUAAGGACCUUUUAGAGAUCGUGCGGCUCGCUCUGGCGGAAGAAGGAGUAUACUCGAAUGAGGAGGAGGGGAAGAAGAUGCGGAAAAAGGGCCGCGGCGGGUUAAGGUUCUAUGGCGGCUGGGAAUUUGAGAGGAGUCGGGCGGAAUCUGUUGCGGAGGAAUGGCUAAACUCGGAUGAGAAUGAUGCCAUGGCUUGGAACGAGAUGGUGAAAAGGAACAGCUGGGAAGGGAGCAAGAGCGACAUGAUGUUCGGAAAGGAAAAGCAGAAGCUUUGGGAGGAAUGGGUGGCGGAGGAGAGGCGGCAAAUGAAGGAGGAGAAGGAGGAGAAGGAGCUCCUGGCAGCAGUUCCGCGCAAGGAAAGGCGCGCGCGGAGGGCGGCGGAGGUGGCGUACGCGUACGAGUCGAGCGAGCGGCUGCGCGCCGUGCACAACGCGGUGGCGGCGAUCUUCGCGGCUGCGCUGAAGGGGGACCAGGAGGCGAUGCGCGCGUUCGAAGAGAGGCGCGCGCGGAAGAACGCGGAGGGGGAAGGGUCGUCGGCGGAGGAGGCGAUGGAGGAGGACGCGAAUGAACAGGCAGGGAAGAAGGAUGUUGUAAAAGCAGAGGCAGAAGGGGAGGGGAGAAAGGAAGAGAUGGAGGAGAAGGGAGGGGACGGCGAGAACGGGGGCAAGGGCAAGAAGAAGCGCAAGUGGAUGGGGAGGCCGGCGCCCCGGCUCUCUCUGGCAGCCAAGUGGGCUCCCUCCCCUGGCAAGUCGUUCGACCAAUCCACACUGCUCACCUCCUCCAUCGCCCUCCUCCUCUUCCCCCCCUCCUCCUCCUCUUCCCCCUCCCCCUCCUCUGCUGCUGCUGCUGCGGCGGCUGCUGCUAAAUCUGAAGCUGCUGAUUCCGGGAUGGACGUGGACGGUGGAGCAGCGGCAGGCGGGGGGGGAGGGUACGUGCGAGUGGCAAAGGAGAGGUUGCAGAGGGAGGUGCUGGCACCGCUGCGGAGAGUGCUGGAGGUGCCCGAGGUGCACAUGAGCAGCGGGCGGUGGGAGCACGUGGCGUACGGGCGCGUGCCGUCCGUGUGCAUGAACAAGACCCGCAAGCUCUUCCUCUCCCACGACCAGCCGCGCUUCACUGAGUACCUAGAGGACGUGAAGGGCGGCAGGGCCAAGAUCGCUGCUGUAGCGCUGCUGCCGCAUGAAGUGGUGGAAGCGGCCAAGGCAGCAGCAGAGGACGGCGACGAAAACGAUACAGUGGGCGAGCUGCAGUGGAAGGCCAUGGUGGGUGACAUCAGAAGCAAGGGGUCCCUGGGGAACAGCAUGGCGGUGUGCGAUGUGUCGGGGAGCAUGACCGGCACGCCCAUGGAGGUGGCCAUUGCUCUGUCGCUGCUCGUGAGCGAGGUGAGCAGCGACCCGUGGAAGAACCACCUCAUUACAUUCUCCGCGCAGCCGAGGAUCCACCACGUGCAGGGAGAGACCCUGGUGGAGCGCGUGAGAAGCACACAGGGCAUGCCCUGGGGCUACAACACCAACUUCCAGGCGGUGUUUGACCUGCUGCUGUCCCGCGCGCAGCAGUUCCAGCUUGACCCGGCCGACAUGGUGCAGCGCCUCUACGUGUUCUCUGACAUGCAGUUUGAUGAGGCGGGCAGGGCCAGUGGGGCCGACUGGGAGACGGACCACCAGGCGAUCGUGCGCAAGUACGCUGCAGCUGGUUACCCUGUGCCGCAGAUAGUGUAUUGGAACCUGAGGGGGGACGCUCGUGCGAGCAGCACACCAGUGCUUGCAAGUGAGGAUGGGGUGGCAAUGGUGUCGGGGUUCAGCAAGGGGAUGCUGCUGGCGGUGAUGGAAGGGAAAGAGAUUUCCCCCAUGGGAGUGAUCAAUGAAGCUAUCACUGGGAAGCUUUUUGAGCUUAUUCGAUUUGUGUUUCUCGUUCCUUUGUCCCCAUCAUGCCGUCCCGGAUUCUCCGUCCCAUCACACCAUCCAUCUCCUCCCUUGGCAUGA